AUGAGCCUUCUGGAGUCUCAACAGAAAUCCCUCGUCAAUGCCCAAGUUACCCGUGGAGACUUCCAACAGCUCAUAACCCCAAGCAUCCGGCGCUUGACAGCCGGAAUUCUUCAUCGCCACCAAGCAACUGACGGCUUGAUAAAGCUCGCCCAGUCAUUACCUCCAUUGGAGUCGCUGUCCCUCAUUUUCAAAAUCGGAGUGGAUGAAAUAGCGUCCAGUUGGUGGGGUGAAAAUGGGUACGAAGAGAACUUACCAGCCAAAAGGAUCGCGACCCACCAACUUACGCUUGAUGGCAUUCUACCCGAGAAACUCUAUCACAAUCUGCCUUACCUGUUCGACCUGUCCCGGUUGACCAAACUCGCCCUGUACGACUUUGAUGUAAACUGCUGGAGCUGGAAAGACCAUCUCGCCAGCUCACCUGAUCUAAGGAACCUGAAGCAUUUUGACCUUCAUUCGAGAGACUCGAGGCACACAUUCCACAGGGACUGGGAGUUCUUCGACGGCCUUCUCCGCAAGGAAGACAGUGAUAUUCUACGGGAUAUGUUUGUCCGGAAUAAGGACCUUCGGCACCUAUCGCUUCAUAUUUUCUCGCUUGCAGCCAUGUCCCUGGAGCCUGUAGUGAUCGGUGACGAAGAUCUAUUGAACGUCGGCGCCGACACUACUCCAUAUCUCUGGCCACUACGUCGCAAUCUGAAGACCCUCUCGCUUCUUGAUAUGAUGUCUACAAUAAAGCGCAGUGUGCAGUUCCCUUCCAAGUCAGAAUUGGACGCAAUAUGUAACGAUUUUGGCGCUCUAGAGCAGCUUGGGCUGCGGGUCCCGGAACACGAAGGCCACUACUAUACUAACGCUGCAGAAAUACAUACACACGUCCUUGGACACUUGGAGUCUAUUAGAAAGCUCAAAAAUCUGAGAAUCGUGCAUCUCUACCAGGAUCGCGUCAGGCUUUCCCAUGCUGAGCCGAGCGAGCGGGAUCCUUGGGAACAAACCUCGACAUUCGCUAACAUUUUCUUCCAAUCGAUGCAUACUUCGUGCCCUCAUUUGAAGGUGCUUGUUUGGGGCCGUUUUACGGAAACAGUGGAUGAUGAAAUGCUUGACAUGUUCGAUAUGGACCCCGACCAGGGCCAGUCUCUUCUCCAGGUUAGCCAGGUCGAGCGUGUACGACAGCAGUGUUUCGUAAAGCAAGUCACCGAAGACAAGAAUGGGGCUCUUCGCAUCACCGCUCUACGAGUCACGCGCAAACAGCUUCAGAUUGAUUUCCCAGAUCUGGAUAUAUUGUCUUGCGAUACCAGCAUCAGCGUCAAAGACCGCCUGUCUCGAGAGAUUUUAUAUUGAG